AUCGCGUGACACGUAAAAAGCAUGCAAGGUUGUAAAUUAGCAUCGAUAACGAGUCAAAUGACAGUUUGACCGUGUUGGGAAGUCGAUAAAGGGUAUAAGCCGAUCGCGAUUCCGAUGGUCGACCAAAAGUCAGAGACCAAGUUUCCAACAACCGUGAUCCACAUCGAACUUGCGCUAUGAACACCGUUACGAUCGUCUUACUGUUGUCGAUGUGCUUUUGCGCACUGUGUGGGGCUACUCCUGCCGUUUCUUCUCUCGAUCAAGGACUUAUUCCGAGCAACGAGGUUGAUACAAAGUUGCAGCGCAUCGCGCGGCAGUCUUCUACAUCCGACUUCAUCGAAGAAACCGUAUCGAGACUUGUUAAUAUUCCGGCCAACCUAACGACCAACAUCAUAAAGUUUAUCCUUUCGAUCAUCUCCAGGAUCAGAUCAACGUUUCUCUCGUGGAUCGGAAACAUCGAAUCGUUCCUCGAAAACCCUUUAACGCUGCUCGAUAACAGUCGGAAUUCUAAUCAGAGACGACGAAGAUCAAACGUGUCGAAUGGCCUAUCAGAUUUAAUAAGUGAUUUGCCGAACUUGCUACAUUUACCGGUAAGCUAUUUGCAAGAAACGACAAGCUCGAUCGGAGAUUCUGUUGUUGAGAAAAUCAAACUUAUCGCAAAAGCUAUAAUAAAAUUGGCAUGGGACUUUAUAAGCAAGCGACUAUUACCCUGGCUUCGCGAAGUGCUCAUCAAAGUCCAGCACUCAGAUAUUUUGCCAUCCUUUUUGAACGAAGCGAUCGGAAAUGUCGAUUCUAUUUAUUCCCUUUUGCGCCUGUUCACUGAAAUCACCUCGAAUAGUUCAUGAGUCUCGCGUGGCAUCGUGAUAUAAUUUUGGCUCGAGAGGCUGGUCGACAUUAUCUUCUUGAUUUUAACGCUAGAGUCGUCAAAGAAGUCGUAACGUUUGGUAUUUAAGACUUUCUCUUUCUACUUUUAUCUCUUCCUUUUUUCUUUUUGUUUAUUAAACGUUUGUAUCUAAUGGUGUUUAACUUUAUCGAGACAAAGAUAUGAAACUGUACGAGCAAGUGUACUUACUUCGUUUGUCACGUUCAUUUAAUCUUAGUUAACUGUUGCGUAAUAUGUUUAGAUACAUGUUAUAUGUUGAUAAUACGCUCUAGUGUGAAGAGAGGAAAAUACAAAAUUCCGGGCGCAAGACGCGUAAGAGGAGAAGCUUCGAAAAAAAUUUAUUAUUAUUAUUAUUUAUUUCAUCGUAAUGUUUUUGUAUGGGAAUUUUUAAUUUGCGUGUUGAUAUGCGUGCGAGGGAAACAAGAUUUCUCCGUCAAUUUUUCUAUCGUGGUAUAUCAAACAGGGAAAAAGACAGUGACGACCCGAAUACCCAGACGUACGUUCGAGAACUGUUUCUCGAUAAUCGAUACGGAUAGGAUCGAUUUAUUAAUUGUUAUAACAGAGUUUAUAUGUAUAAUAAAGUGAGCGACAACAAAU